UAUUGCGAUUUACAAGUACAUACUGGUAAAUUUUUAUGUCCGAGUCUGAGUUUCAAUAUGUUACACGCAAGAAAUGGAUGGCACGUAAAUGUCUGAGACGUCGGGAUCGCCACAAAUCGGAGAGUGAUUAUUUAAAUGACUGUCCGGACGUGAACGUUGACAAAUUCCAAGAGCGUCUAGAGAAGCUCUGUGGAGUAAUGAGCCAGAGCGACUAUUUCAUCAUGUCAAUGGAAACUCUGCAACAGCAACUGGACAAACUGAAGGCGCCCCUAAAUCGAAUUGUUUGUCUAGGCUUGGGACCAUUUACCCGCACUCACCAGGCAUUGCAUCAAACAGCAUUUAUAUUGAGUACACAGCGGUUGCACAAAAUUAAAGAAUCCAUAUACUUUGAUCCGGUUUUUCGCGAGUCAGAAAUGGAGCUACUUAGACGCUUCAACGGCAUAAUAAUGCCAGAGGACUGCGCUGGGCAGCAUGGGGCGAAUGUGCCAACCCUUUACUAUCUUCCACACUGUCCGCAUGCUUUAAUGCACAAUCUAUUGUGGUAUAACUGGAAUUUCAGCAACUUGCCGAAUGUGUUAUUAAUUUCAAAUAGUUUUGAAAUGUUAAAUAUAAAAAAACCUCUAACGCGAUCGAGGAGUAAAAGCAACGGUAACGACGACGACGACGAUCAUAUCGCAAGAAUAGCAGCGUACUGCACUGAAAUACCACUGGACGAUGAUUACGAACAGAACAAUGUAUUUAAUGAUUUGUCACUGCACGUUUUUCUGUCAGAAAACUUGCCCAAAGCAGAUGAUGCUGAAUUUUGGAGGCGUGAUGCGGCACCUUUAAAAGUAUGUGAGGAAGAGCUAAUUACGAUCGAUGCAGAACUAAGAGCGCUGAGUAUACGACCUUAAACACAUGCAAAGUAAAUUUGUAUCUUAUUUUAUUUUGUACAUUAUAAUACAAUACAAUAAUACAAUAUGUGAAAAUUG